UCCACACGAAAAGACUUGCUUGCAAAAGUUUCUAAAUCCCAAUCCCAACUUAGUUUUUGUCUACACAUGACAAAAAAAAAAUAUCCAUUCCUUUUUUCCCACUAUUGAUUUGAUUCCAUCCCCACAAAAGAAAAAUAUCUCCAAACCCAUUUUCUUCCGAGUCGCGGCCAUUUCUUCCAUAUCCAUGGCAGCCCUCUCCGCCGGCCACCGCCAUUUCUUCCGCCGCGGCGCCGCCGCCCAGCAGCUCAGAACCAGACGCAGCAGCCCCAAAUCGAUCGUCCUCCUCUGCCGCCACAGCCAAGAUCCUUCAGAAGAAAACUCGAAGGAAGGGGAAGAAAGAAAGCAGCAGAAGAUUGGAGGGUUUGUUGAGCGAUUUGAGAAGAUGGGAAUGGAAUUGAAGGAGAAAUUGAGCCCUCAGAGAAAAGGGGACUGGAAAGAUGUGGCAUUGAUGAGCUUAUCUUUUGCUGUUUAUGUGUAUAUUUCUCAGAAGAUUGUGUGCGCUUAUUUUGUUUGGAUGUCAAUGCCAAAGCAACAACUAUGGUAGAACAAGAAGAUGAAUUUCAAAGGAAAGGUUUAUCAGAUCCCUUCUUCUGUUUUAUAAAAUUGGUAUUUUCUGUUGUAGUUUGAAAUUUGUGUAUGAUACAUAAGUUUGGAAAUUUGUAGAAAAUAGUAUUCACAUGGUUGAGAUCAAAUUCUUAUUGUCUACGUUGA